AGCAAGAUGGACCGGGUAAAGCAGAUGGAGGAUGACUCUAUUUACAAUAUGAGCCAGAACAGGGGAUUUUCUGUUCCCCCACCUUUGCCUGUGUCUUGUAAUGCAGAACCGUCAGAACUGUAUCAAAUUGUCUCGAGGCACAGUCUUUAUCCACCCAUCCUUCAGCCCAAUUCAUGGACUAAAGCAAUUCCUUUUAAAGAGCAACAUCACCACCGCACUCCAAGUGAGUCUAUUGCAAACAACUACAGCCCUGGGGCGCAGGACCUCAAGAUUAAAAAACUCCAACACAGGCGCCUCACUGUCCGUCAGUUUUUGGCAAAAUCAGCAAAGCCUUCAUACAUCCCACCUGGAAGGACACAAGCAAUAACGCCAAGGAGAAGGGGUUCAUCUUCUCAAGCUUCAAUCUCUCCUCAGUCAAAAUCCAGAUCAAAAACCUUUUGCAUCCCCAGCAGCAAACCUCUGAGACCUGAAGAGCAGCUGGACAUCAUGUACAACCAAGAAGAGAAGAUAAAAGCGAAGGAGGGAGAACCCAAAGAGAGAGACCUGGAAAGGUAUAUGUACUACGUCACCAAUGGUGUCCCCAUGUCUGCGCUAGCACCCAAGCCAGACCAGCCAAUGAUAGACAUCAUUCAUCUGCUGCCUCCGGACACUGAAGAUGAUAAAAACCUCCAGAUUAUGAGAGCAAACUUAGAGGAAGAGGUCAAAAGAGAUUAUUACUUCAGCCUCAAGGAAAGCAUAGUGGACUACAUUCUUAUGGACCCGUCUGAGCGUCAGCGACUGUCUAUAUCCAGCGUUCCCACGCCUUUUCCUAGGAGGCUGAUCCGUGCACCAGUGCCCUGGGCAGCUAGUUACAGGGAGGCUCACAUGUGGCUGGAUCAACAUCUGUAUACUGUCAGUCACAUUAUGGGUCAUCUGCAGGGCAUCUGGCUAAACAGCUUCUCAUCCCUAAGAUUUGUUCGACUAGAGGACCUUUCCUCCACCAGCCUCCCCCUCCUGCCAUCUGAGUUUGAGGAGUUUGUCCAGAAACAGUGCCAAACCACAAGAGAUGAACUGGUCCAAAAGUGGCUGCCCUUCUGCGCGUCACUCUUCGACAGUGAGAGCUUGGGGGAGCCUCAGGAGUUCUUUAGCUGUAUCGCUGUUCUCAUGUCACUACAACUCCGAAGUUUGGUCAUUGAAUCACUGGAGGACCUGUUAUAUUUCUUCACUUUACACAAGAGUGGGAAUGACUUUGGUGAUGUGUAUGAUGAGAUGAAGUUUGUGAAGUCUCAGGUGCUGCUGGUAGAGCUGCAGGUUUAUGAGAUUCACAUUGACUUUAGACCGAGCUUUCAUGAAUGCUGGGAGCUCAUCCAGCGAGCCUUCAUGGAAAUCAUCAAGAGUGCUGAGAAGAUCCAAAGGGUGGAAUAUCUCCUCUUGCCCCAUUGCAACAACAUGUACAUCCGCACCGUUCGUCCUGAUGAGCCGUUGGUUAUAAAUCUCAUCGACAAAGCCAAAGAAGUGUUCCAAAAAAACACAGUGGGACCUAAAAAUUAUUUGAAUGUAUAUGAAAAAUACAGCAAUCUACUGGACCAUACAGCAAAGCAGGAGCUAUCUGCCUUUCUAAAAGAGAAGCACUCAUUAGAAGGGUUCACAAAGAAAAUUGAGAGCUUAAAUCAAGUAAGGAAGGAGAUCGCCUCACUGCGUGUUACCGUGCCCCUGUCAAUGUUUUGUCUGUAUGCCGGCAACCUUAAUGAUGACCUGUGUGAGCGUGCUAAGAAACUCAAAGACAAGAUCGUCAAGUUUGAAGUGGAGGAGAACAGAGAGCUUAACAAAGGGAUUUGUCAAAAAUAUGAGGAGAUUACUGAGACGGUCAGAAAACCCCCAAAAACCACAGAGGAGCUGGUUUCUCUCAGUCACUACAUUAAAAAGUCCAAGGAUGUGACUGUUUGCAAGCUAAUCGAUGAGGUUGAUGAAGCAUCAUACCGCCUCAGCUUCCUCAUGGACUAUGCCACACUAUCAUCUGAUGACUUGCGGCUGAACUCCCGUGUAUUCCAGUGGCCCAAUCAGAUCCUGAUUGAGCUUGAAGACAGCAAGAGUCAUCUAACAACCAUGACAGAAGAGGCUGAGGACUACCUCCAGACGAGGGUCAUGGACUUUGAAAAGAGGCUACAGGAUGUGGAAGAAGAAAUACAGGCUUUUAAGGGAAAAGCAAUAAUGUCCAUGGAGGAGAUGAAGAACAAUGUGGAAAAUCUGGCUCAAAUUACUGCCAAUCUUGAGUCUGCUGUCACUGAUCUUGAGGAUAUCAACAAAGAGCAGACUUUGCUGGAAAAGGAGCAGAGCCAGUUCCCAAUGCUACAGACUCUGAUAGCUGAAAAACAGCCAUAUGAGCAGCUCUGGACCACAGCACUAAACUUCCAAAGCCUGUCAGAUGUGUGGAUGAACGGACCUUUCCGACAACUGGAUGCUGAGAAAAUCUCUGAUGAGCUUGACAACAUGUGGAGGACCAUGCACAAACUGACUAAGACCUUCUCUAAUCUUCCCUGGCCUUUUCGUGUGGCCAAAAACUCAAAAAGCGAGAUAGACCUUUUCAAGCAGCACCUCCCCAUCCUGACGACCAUCUGCAACCCAGGAAUCAAAGACCGCCACUGGGAGAAGAUCAGCAGCAUUGUGGGCUUUGAAGUCAAACCAGAUGAGAACAGUUCACUGAAGAACAUGCUGGACCUCGGGCUUUCCAAGUUCUCAAACAAGUUGGAGGAGAUUGGAGCAGCAGCCAGUAAGGAAUACUCUCUGGAAAAAGCGAUGGACAAGAUGAAAAACGAAUGGGCUGACCUUCAGUUUUCCUUCACUCCAUACAGAGAUACAGGGACUAAUAUUGUGUCAGCAGUGGACGACAUCCAAGUGCUUCUUGACGACCACAUCGUUAAGACUCAGACAAUGAGAGGUUCACCUUUCAUUAAACCUAUCGAGGCUGAAUGUAAGCAAUGGGAGGACAAACUGCUGAGCAUGCAGGACAUCCUGGACUCCAUGUUGACUUGUCAGGCUACUUGGCUCUACCUCGAACCAAUCUUCAGCUCUGAGGACAUCAUCGCACAGAUGCCUGAGGAAGGACGCAAGUUUGGUAUCGUGGACGGCUACUGGAAGAACAUCACAGCUGAAGCUGUUAAAGACACACGUGUGCUGGUGGCCACAGACCAGCCAAACAUGCUGGAGCAGCUCCAGGAGUCGAAUGUGUUUCUAGAUGACAUCCAAAAAGGCCUCAAUACUUACCUGGAGAAGAAGAGGCUCUAUUUCCCAAGGUUCUUCUUCCUGUCAAACGAUGAGCUUCUGGAGAUCCUUUCUCAGACUAAGGAUCCUCUCUGUGUGCAGCCUCACCUUAAAAAGUGCUUUGAGGGCAUCGCCAAACUUGAAUUUACCGAGGACAUGGCGAUAACUGGCAUGAUCAGCUCAGAGAAGGAGACGGUCCCUUUCACAGAGAAGAUUUAUCCAGCCCAUGCAAAGGGGAUGGUAGAGAAGUGGCUGCUGCAGGUGGAGAACCUCAUGCUUAAGAGUGUUCGGCAUGUUAUCCAUCAAGGAGUGAUUCAGUACACAGAGCUGCCCAGGAAGAAGUGGGUGUUGCAGUGGCCAGGCCAAGUUGUCAUUUGUGCCUCCUCCAUUUUUUGGACAUCUGAAGUAUCUGAAGCCAUCCAGACCAAUUCUCUGCCUGCCUAUGUGGAAAAAUGCAAUGCCCAGAUUGCUGACAUCGUGGAGCUGGUGCGUGGGAAGCUGCCAGGAGGAGCGAGGAUGACCCUCGGUGCUCUCACUGUUAUAGAUGUUCAUGCUCGAGAUGUUGUUGCCAAACUGGCAGAAGACGGCAUCUCCUCACUGAAUGACUUUGCAUGGAUUUCUCAGCUGCGGUACUUCUGGAAGGAUGGAGAAGUGAUGCUGCGUAUGAUCACCACCUGCCUGAAAUAUGGUUAUGAAUAUCUGGGAAAUUCUCCCCGUCUUGUUAUCACACCGCUUACUGACCGCUGCUACAGAACUCUAAUGGGGGCUCUAAAGUUGAACUUGGGCGGUGCUCCUGAGGGCCCUGCAGGUACUGGAAAGACUGAGACCACAAAGGAUCUGGCAAAAGCAUUGGCUAAACAGUGUGUGGUGUUCAACUGCUCCGAUGGCUUAGACUACAAAGCUAUGAGUAAGUUCUUCAAAGGACUGGCUCAGUCUGGAGCUUGGGCCUGCUUUGAUGAGUUCAAUCGCAUUGAGGUGGAGGUGCUCUCUGUUGUGGCUCAGCAGGUCCUCUGCAUACAACAGGCCAUCGCCAAAAAUCUGAAGACAUUUAUGUUUGAGGGGACGGAGCUGUCCCUCAACCCAACCUGCUCUGUGUUCAUCACCAUGAACCCGGGUUACGCAGGCAGAGCUGAGCUCCCAGAUAACCUGAAGGCUCUUUUCCGUACAGUGGCCAUGAUGGUGCCAGACUAUUGUCUCAUUGGAGAAAUCUCUUUGUACUCAAUGGGCUUUAUUGAAUCACGCAGUCUGGCUCAAAAGAUCGUGGCUACCUACCGCUUAUGCUCCGAGCAGCUCUCCUCCCAGCACCACUAUGACUACGGUAUGCGAGCUGUGAAGUCAGUGCUGACUGCAGCAGGAAAUCUGAAGCUGAAGUACCCUGAGGAGAAUGAAAGUGUGCUGCUGCUGAGGGCGCUGAUGGACGUCAAUAUGGCAAAGUUUUUAGCACAGGAUGUGCCAUUGUUUCAGGGUAUCAUCUCUGAUUUAUUCCCUGGUAUCGUCCUCCCGAAACCAGACUACGAUCUCUUCCUCAAAGCUCUUAAUGAGAACAUCGCUAAGCUCAAUCUUCAGCCUAUUCCAUGGUUCAUUGGUAAAAUUAUCCAGGUUUAUGAGAUGAUGCUGGUUCGUCAUGGUUUCAUGAUAGUUGGAGACCCUUUAGGAGGAAAGACUUCUGCAUACAAAGUUCUUGCUGCUGCUCUUGGAGACCUCUAUAAAGCCAAGCUGAUGGAGGAGUUUGCUGUAAAUUACCGCAUCAUCAACCCCAAAGCCAUCACCAUGGGCCAGCUGUACGGCUGCUUCGAUUCAGUCAGCCAUGAGUGGUCCGACGGUGUCCUGGCCACCUCCUUCAGGGCUCAAGCCAGUUCCACCUCAGAGAAUCGUCAGUGGAUCAUCUUUGAUGGACCCAUUGAUGCUGUCUGGAUUGAGAACAUGAACACUGUUUUGGAUGACAAUAAAAAGCUUUGUCUGAUGAGCGGUGAAAUCAUCCAAAUGAGUCCAAAAAUGAGCCUCAUCUUUGAACCUGCUGACCUGGAGCAAGCCUCUCCAGCUACCGUCAGUAGGUGUGGCAUGAUCUACAUGGAGCCUCAGCAGCUUGGCUGGUCUCCUCUCAGAGAUUCCUACAUGAACACUCUGCCUCAGAGCCUGAACACUGAACACAGAGAGCUGGUAAUGGAUCUAUUUGAUUGGCUGGUUCAGCCCUGUCUUGACUUCAUAGACAGGGAGUGUCGCUUUGUGGUUCAAACAUCUCCCAUUCAUUUGACCUAUAGUCUGAUGAAGUUGUACACAUGCCUGAUGGAUGAAAUUUCUGAGUCUGGAGCCAAUGGUACACCCAUGACCAGCCAGCAGAUCACUAUGUGGCUGCAGGGUCUGUUCUUAUUCGCUGUUGUGUGGACUCUGGGUGGAACCAUCACUGGCGAGAGUCGUAAGAAGUUUGAUGCCUUCUACCGUAAUCUGAUCAAUGGCCAGGAUGAAGAGCAUCCUCGGCCUAAGAGAAUCAAACUAAAAAAAAACAACAUCUUCCCUGAAAGAGGCACUGUCUAUGACUUCUACUUUCACAAGGGAGGACAAGGACAGUGGAAUCCAUGGACUGAUUCAAUCACACAGGAAGAAAAUGUCAUUCCAGCUGUAGCUAAUGUAUCAGACCUCAUCAUCCCAACCAUGGAGACAGCACGUCAGCUUUUCUUCCUGCGUACUUACCUUUCUCAUGAAAUACCCAUGCUGUUUGUCGGGCCCACUGGCACCGGCAAGUCUGUCAUCAACAAAAGCUUCUUGGUAAAACUUCCUAAAGACGAAUACACACCUAACUGUAUCAACUUCUCAGCCCGCACCUCAGCAAAUCAGACUCAGGACAUCAUCAUGGCAAAGCUCGACAGGAGGAGGAAGGGGGUGUUUGGACCUCCUAUGGGAAAGAAGUGUGUCGUCUAUGUUGACGAUCUGAACAUGCCCGCUAAGGAGAUCUAUGGCGCCCAACCUCCGAUCGAGCUGUUGAGGCAGUGGAUCGACCAUCAUCACUGGUAUGACAAGAAGGACACCUCUAAACUGAACAUAGUGGAUGUGCUGUUUAUGUCUGCAAUGGGGCCUCCUGGUGGUGGCAAAAAUGACAUCACAGGCCGCUUCACUCGACACUUAAAUAUUAUCUCAAUUGAUUCCUUUGAUGACGAGACUCUGACCAAGAUAUUCAGCUCCAUCACUGACUGGCACUUCAGCAAGGGCUUCGAUGCGUCUUUCUUCAGGCUUGGCAAGAUCAUGGUCCAGGCCACCAUGGCCGUCUACAAAGAUUCAAUGGACAGCUUCCUCCCCACCCCAUCAAAGUCCCACUACAUCUUCAACCUGCGAGACUUUGCUCGAGUGAUAAGAGGCGUUCUCUUAGCCCCACAUACACACAUGCAGAAUGGAGACAAACUGAUCCGCUUGUGGAUCCAUGAGGUGUACCGUGUUUUUUAUGACCGACUCAUUGACACUGAAGACAAGGAGACGUUCUUUAGCAUUGUCAAAGAGAGGACCUCAGACUUCUUCAAACAAAGUGUGGAAAAGGUUCUGAGCCGUCUUAGUCCAGAUGGAAAAGUAUCAGAUGAUAGCAUCCGCAGCUUGUUCUUCGGUGACUACUCCAACCCUGAUUCUGAUGUCAAGGCCUACGAUGAAAUCACAGACUUGUGCACCUUACAACAAGUCAUGGAGUUCUAUCUGGAUGAGUACAACAGCUGCAGCAAGGCCCCCAUGUCCCUUGUCAUGUUCAAAUUUGCCAUUGAGCACAUUUCCCGCAUUUGUCGUGUCCUUAAACAAGACAACGGCCAUCUUCUACUCGUCGGCAUUGGUGGCUCAGGGCGUCAGAGCGCCACUAAGCUGGGCACCUUCAUCAACGACUACGUCCUGUUUCAGAUUGAAUUAACCAAGAACUACGGAAUGACAGACUGGAGGGACGACCUGAAGAAGAUCAUGCUUAAAGCAGGGGUUGAGGGGAAGAGCCUGGUGUUCUUGUUUAAUGACAGUCAGAUCAAAGAUGAGGGCAUGUUAGAGGACAUCAACAUGCUGCUCAACACUGGGGAUGUACCAAAUAUCUUUGCUGCAGAUGAACGAGCUGACAUCACUGAGAAGAUGCAGGGAAUUGCUCGAAUGGAGGGCAAGAAGAUUGAUACAACACCACUUUCUCUGUACAACUUCUUCAUUGACCGCGUAAAGACCAACCUUCACAUUGUGCUUGCCAUGAGUCCAAUUGGCGAUGCAUUCAGGAACCGCCUACGGAUGUUUCCCUCCCUUAUCAACUGUUGCACCAUUGACUGGUUCCACGCAUGGCCAAAGGAUGCUUUAGAGAUGGUGGCACACAAGUUCCUAGAAGAUGUGGAAAUGGACAGCGAAAUCAGACUGGAAGUGGUGGAAAUGUGCAAGACCUUUCAGACAAGUGUGCGAGAAAUGUCCCAGAGGUAUUUCUCCAGACUCAGGCGGCACAACUACGCCACUCCCACCUCCUACCUUGAACUCAUCCUCACCUUCAAGACUCUGCUAAAGUUGAAGAGGAAUGAAGUAAACACUGCGAGGAACCGAUACAUUGUUGGUCUUCAGAAACUGGAGUUUGCUGCAUCUCAGGUGUCAGUGAUGCAGGAGGAGCUGACAGCCUUGCAGCCAGAGCUCAUUCAGACAUCAGCAGAAACAGACAAGAUGAUGGUCAAGAUUGAGGGGGAGACAGUGGAGGUGGAUGCUAAGAAAGAGCAGGUGUCUGCUGAUGAGAAAGUGGCGAAUGAAGCAGCAGCUGCUGCCAAAGCCAUUAAGGAUGAGUGUGAGGGAGAUUUGGCAGAAGCGUUGCCUGCUUUAGAGGCUGCCCUGUCAGCCCUGGACACUUUAAAACCUGCAGACAUUACUGUAGUCAAGUCCAUGCAGAACCCACCAGCUCUAGUUAAACUAGUUAUGGAGUCCAUCUGUGUCAUGAAGGGUAUCAAACCAGAGAGGAAACCUGACCCUGGUGGCUCAGGUAAAAUGAUUGAAGACUUCUGGGGCCCCUCUAAGAAGCUCCUUGGAGACCUGAAGUUUUUGGACAGCCUCAAAACCUAUGACAAAGACAACAUUCCUGCCUCGUACAUCAAGAAAAUCAGAGAUAAGUUCAUCGACAACCCUAACUUCCAGCCCUCUGUUAUCAAAAACAUCUCCUCAGCUUGUGAGGGUCUCUGUAAAUGGGUGCGAGCCAUGGAGGUGUACGAGCGUGUCGCUAAAGUGGUCGCCCCGAAGAAGGAGAGGCUGAAGCAAGCCGAGGAGGAGCUGGCGGUACAGAUGGAAAUGCUGGCUGUGAAAAGAGCUGAGCUGAAGGAGGUGGAAGACAGGCUGCAGAGCCUUAAUGAUGACCUGGCUGCUAUGAUGAACAAGAAGCAAGAGCUGGAGGACAAUAUUGAGCUGUGUUCUCAGAAGCUGAUCAGGGCGGAGAAGCUGAUUGGAGGGCUGGGUGGGGAGAAAGACAGGUGGACAGAGGCGGCAAGGCAACUAGACAUCAGGUACACCAACCUGACAGGCGACAUACUCCUUUCUUCAGGAACUGUGUCUUACCUUGGGGCCUUUACUGUAGACUACCGUACAGAGUGUCAGGAGCAGUGGCAUAUCCUGUGCCAGGAGAAGAAAAUCCCCUGCUCUGAGGACUUCACCCUCAGUAGCACCCUGGGUAACCAGGUGGCUAUUAGGGCAUGGCAGAUCGCCGGACUGCCGGUGGACUCCUUCUCCAUAGACAACGGUAUUAUCGUGUUCAACUCCCGCCGCUGGCCUCUAAUGAUCGACCCUCAAGGUCAAGCCAACAAGUGGGUCAAGAACAUGGAGAAGGCCAAUAAACUGGCUGUCAUCAAACUCUCUGAUGGGAACUAUGUGAGGGUUUUAGAGAACUGUAUUCAGUUCGGAACACCUGUGCUAUUGGAGAAUGUUGGAGAGGAAUUAGACCCGGUUCUUGAGCCUGUAUUGCUGAAGCAAACCUUCAAACAGCAGGGUGUAGAGUACAUGAAAAUAGGAGAGAACAUCGUGGAAUAUUCUAAGGACUUUCUGUUUUAUAUGACCACUGGACUGAGGAACCCUCACUAUCUCCCAGAGGUGGCUGUCAAAGUGUGUUUGCUGAACUUCAUGAUCACACCACAAGGCCUUCAAGAUCAGCUUCUGGGGCUCGUAGCAGCUAAAGAGAAACCGGAGCUGGAGGAGAAGAAGAACCAGCUCAUCCUGGAGAGUGCCGCCAACAACAAGCAGCUGAAGGAGAUAGAGGAUAAGAUCUUACAAGUGCUCUCAUCUUCUGAAGGGAACAUUCUGGAGGACGAAACUGCCAUCAAGAUCUUGUCAUCGUCUAAAAUCCUCUCUGAGGAGAUCUCGGAGAAACAAAAGAUCGCCAGUGUGACAGAAAAAGAGAUCGAUGACACUCGAAUGGGUUACCGUCCUGUCGCCGAACACUCCUCUAUUUUAUUCUUCUGUAUCUCAGAUUUGGCAAACAUUGAGCCCAUGUACCAAUACUCCCUGACCUGGUUCAUCAACCUCUACCUGCAUUCCAUCACAGACAGCAUGAAGAGCGAGGACGUGGUCAAGAGGAUCACCAACAUAGUUGAUCACUUCACCCUCAGCAUCUACAACAACAUUUGUCGCUCACUUUUUGAGAAAGACAAACUGCUUUUCUCCCUGCUGCUCACCGUAGGCAUCAUGCAGGGGAUGGGCCAGGUGGAUGACCAGGUUUGGCGCUUCCUCCUUACAGGAGGCAUCGCUUUAGAUAACCCCUACCCCAACCCGGCUCCAGAGUGGCUCUCUGACAAAUCCUGGUCUGAAAUCGUCAGAGCGUCCAAACUACCAAACUUAGAUGGUUUCUUUGAGCAUGUCCAGGACAACAUCUUUAAGUGGAAGCAGCUCUAUGAUUCAGGAUGGCCCCAUAAAGACCAGUUACCUGACCAGUGGAGGGGGUUAGUGGGGAUGGACAGAAUGGUGGUCAUCAGGUGCUUCAGGCCAGAUAAACUGGUACCAGCUGUGCAGGAUUUUAUCGUGAAUAACAUGGGACAGGCUUACAUUGAACCACCAACAUUUGACCUGGCAGGAAGUUACAAAGACUCCCACUGCUGCUCUCCUCUCAUCUUUGUGUUGUCACCAGGAUCUGAUCCCACUGCAGGUUUGCUGAAGUUCGCUGAUGAUCUAGACAUGGGGGGCAGCAAGAUCCAAACCAUUUCUCUGGGGCAGGGGCAGGGACCAAUAGCAGCUCAGAUGAUUGACAAAGCCAUCAAAGAGGGCACCUGGGUGGUGCUGCAGAACUGCCACCUGGCCACCAGCUGGAUGCCCGCUCUGGAGAGGAUCUGUGAGGAAACCAUCACUCCAGAGGCCACACACCCUAACUUCAGGUUGUGGUUAACAAGUUAUCCAUCUGACAAGUUCCCUGUCAGCAUCCUUCAGAACGGGCUGAAGAUGACCAAUGAGCCUCCUAAAGGAAUUAGAGCUAACCUGCUGCGCUCCUACCUUAGUCACCCCAUCUCUGACCCCGACUUCUUCAACAGCUCUAAAAAACAAGUGAUCUGGCAGAAGUUUCUAUUCAGUCUCACUUUCUUCCACGCUCUGGUACAGGAGAGGAGGAACUUUGGACCUCUGGGUUGGAAUAUUCCCUAUGAGUUCAAUGAGUCUGAUCUGAGGAUCAGUAUGAGGCAGAUCCAGAUGUUCCUGGAUGAGUAUGAGGAGGUUCCACUGGAGGCACUCACAUACCUUACAGGCGAAUGUAACUAUGGCGGCAGGGUGACAGAUGACAAAGACAGACGCCUGCUGUUGUCGCUCCUGUCCAUCUUCUACAGCUGGGAUCUGAUAGAGCAGGAGGGAUACAACCUGUGUGAGGGAGAUCUGUACUAUGUCCCUGCUCACGGCCCCUAUCAGUCUUACGUUAACUACAUCCGCAGCCUUCCCAUUUGUGCCGAACCCUGUGUGUUCGGACUUCACAGCAACGCUGACAUAACAAAGGAUAAUCAAGAGACCAAUCAGCUCCUGGACGGGGUUCUGCUGACUCUGCCCAGGCAGACAGGGAGCGGGGCUAAGUCUCCUCAGGAAGUGGUCGAUGAGCUUGCAGAAGACAUCCUGUCUAAGCUGCCUGCAGACUUUGACAUUCAAAUGGUGAUGGAUUUAUACCCUGUCAUGUAUGAGGAGUCUAUGAAUACUGUUCUGAGGCAGGAAGUUAUCCGCUUUAACAGACUUACUCAUGUGGUCCGCAUCAGCUUGGUCAACAUCCGCAAAGCUCUGAAGGGCCAGAUCGUAAUGUCUGCUGAACUCGAGGACGUCUUUAACAGUAUGCUGGUGGGCAAGGUGCCAGCUAUGUGGGCUGCCAAGUCAUACCCAUCGCUCAAACCAAUGGGGAGCUACGUGACAGAUCUGUUAGCCAGGCUGCAGUUCUUACAGGACUGGAUAGAUAACGGCCCACCUACAAUCUUCUGGCUCUCUGGCUUCUACUUCACACAGUCAUUUCUUACUGGAGUGGCUCAAAAUUAUGCCAGGAAGUAUUCCAUCCCCAUAGACUACAUUGGCUUUGAAUUUGAGGUAACCAAAGAGGAGACCCAAAUGGAGGAGAAGCCAGAGGAUGGGGCCUUUGUGCGGGGUCUUUUCAUGGAGGGGGCUCGCUGGGACAGAGACAACAUGGUCAUUGGAGAGUCACUUCCCAAGAUCCUCUUUGAUUCCCUGCCCAUCAUCAAGCUCAAACCAGGAGAAAUGACAAAGUUCAAACAUGAAGACAUCUAUGUUUGUCCUGUUUACAAAACCAGCACCCGCAGAGGGACCCUGUCCACCACCGGUCACUCCACCAACUACGUUCUGUCCAUCGAGCUGCCGUCUGACAAACCACAGAAGCACUGGGUGAACCGCGGGGUGGCCUGCCUCUGCCAGCUUGACGACUGA